GGAGGCGGAGAGUUCAGUGAUACACACAGUGAUGUUGAGUGAGUCUGUGAGGCAGUAAUGUAGCGCUUGUUUGGACAGUUGGGGUUUAAUCGUUGUUUGUCUAUCGCCUGGAUAUGAACGUUACCUCGACUCGCACAUGAGUUCACUUUAAUUUGCUUUACACGUCCGGGAACAAACAGCGAUGAACUGUGGAAGCGAGCGACCACAUUUGACUUGGAAACUUUGAGGAUUUCCAGCGAUGGACAAGCAGAAAGUGCUGGCCCGGCUGGUUUCGGACCUGCAGGCGUUCCUGUUGGUUCUGGACAGUGAAAAUCUCAGCUAUAUUGCUCAGGCCCAGAAAAAAUCCAUCUCAGAGCUGCUCUAUAAACUACAGGACAACAAGGACACACCAGCAGAAGAUGCGGAGUACAUGAUUAUGAACUGUCCGUCUGGUGGACCAGGUGAUCUCAGGGAAAGCACCACCGCUGAGGCUGAAGAAGCUCUUUCGGCUUCCUCGACCGAAUGGCUGCAACCCACAUCGGUAGGUCCUGCUGUCCCCUCACAACCUCCGUGUAUAGAGGAUGAGGACUGCUAUGAGGAAGCAGAACCCUUUGUGCCGGCCAGAGAGUCUACAGAUAAAGUGGACUCAGACAGCAGUCACUAUGAGUCGUAUGGUGAGGAGGACGAUGAUGAGUUUGUGAAGGACAGAGCUCACUACAUCCGGUGGAGCUCCUCUCAACCCUGCUUAAGACCGGUGCCGGAGUCACGCAUCUGUGGAUACCUCUGGAGGAAGAAGUGGCUGGGCAAAUGGACCCGUCAGCUCUUUAUUAUUAAGCACAACUCACUACUGUGUUAUAAAUGUGCUAAAGACCUGUACCCUCUGCUGGAGCUCGACCUGACGGGUUGCUACGUGGUCUACAAAUCCAAACACAACAAGAAGAUGCGGUAUGAGCUGAAAGUGGUGGCCGGUGCCGAAACGCUCAUCAUGGGCUUCCAGAGCAGCACGCAAGCUGAGGAGUGGAGGAAGGUUAUAGAAGAAGUGAGCGGUUCUUCCUAUUACGAGCCUGAAUCCCAAAGCUCUUUGACCAUUCUGAAGAGUGAAAGACUGGACUCUUGCAGGUCAAGUACAGUCCUCCAUACAGAUUCAGAUGAAGAAAAAAUCUCCAGUUUACCCUCUGCAGGCAGCAUCUUGGAAAGCAAAGACAAAAACACAGCAGCCUUCCUGAACGUGCUGAUGAACUGUCAAUGGCAGAGUCUCUGGUGCAGGGUGGAUGAAGGCGUGCUGAAGAUGUGCCGGGAUGAAGAGUCAGAGGAGACCCCACAGUACACGGUUCAGCUCAGAGGAAGCGACGUCCGACCAGGACCAGAUACUGCAUACGCUUACCGUAUUACCAUCAUGCAGCAUGGAGACCAGGUGGCCGUACUGGAGGCCAGUUGUGCAGAUGAUAAAGAACAGUGGGUUCAACUCCUGCAGGAUGGGAGUUUCACUACAGCUGGUCCUCCAUAUCAACACACCAGCCACGAAUCACUGAGUGGUCUGAAAAGCCGCAGGUUCCCCACCUCAAACAUGUACAUGGACGACCCCUUUCAGCAGCUCUGUGGCGGAGUCCAACCUCAGCCCAUCUAUUCAAACACAUCUAUACUAGAGCACAUGUUUCAGAAACCUUACAGUAGAGGAAACGGAGAAUUGGUGUCAUCCAAGAAUUCUGCCAACUACAGCAAUAAUGAAAUCUUCAGCAACCACAGUACGAAAGCAUUUGAUAUUGAGAGGGGUGUGCAAAAGUUGGAUCUGACAGGAAAGAGACGCGUGCAGCUGCGAGCAGAGUCAGAGGUCAACCUUGUGAGCGUGGGCACAAAGCCAGCCAAACAAAGUUCUUUCAGACGGUCCCUCGCUUUCUGCACUGAGCGAGCACAGGGAGGGUUCCUCACACCACUUUUAAGAAGAACUGCCUCAGCCAAAAGCACCCUGAGGAAAGCUCCAUCUGCCCUGUUCAUCGAGCAUGGCAAGGUCUUUCAAAGGAAGAAGGAGUGGGAAACCAAAGCUUCAGGUUGAAGAGAUUUCUCUCACGUUCUCCUCACAUUGUCAGUAUGUUAUUGCACUGAAAAUAAUAUUAUUACCAAGCAUGUGGAUCAUGCAGUGAUUUGAAGUACCUGGUGCUGUUAAUACUGAAAUUCAGAGAAAUUCGUAACUUUUUGUAUAUACACAAACUUCAAACACACAGCUUUGGCAUGAACAAAAUUGUCAUUUGUGGUAAAUGUAUUGGCAUGAUGUUGAUGUACAUUUCUUUAAUAAUUGACAUUCAACAUUCACAUUUCAGGCACAUUCGCUCUAGUUUUAUGUUUAACAAAGUGUGUCCUCAAAAUGUAUCCUUAUGUAUAUCACUCAUGUGACUUUGCACUGUUUUGAAGUAGACCUGAACUGAGUUUCAGUUUGCAAGGUGUAAGAAUCAGGAAUAAGUGUAAAGAUCAGACAGGAUCUAUUUAUAAUUAAUUGAAAAGUAAUUACCUCUUUUAUAUUUUCACAAGACUCACAAAUCUGUGGUAAUUUAUCAAUAUUUUUACUUUUUAUUUCACAUGCAGUAUUUUAUUUGUCAAGCUUUUCUAAUAGUGUGCCUUAACCAUGUGUUUUAUUUAUGUUUUAUAAAUGAAUCAUUGAUUUGUCAUUUCAACUAAAGAGAUUUUUGCUGAUAUUGAUCCCACUUUAAGAAAACUUUUUUUGUAUAGUUUGAUUGUUUGGUUAAGACAUUUACCUAAAUUGCUGUAUAAAAUAUUUCUGUUGUAAAGAGAAAACAUCAUUGACAAACAUAUUAGUAUUUGUAUA